GACCGAAGGGAUCAUAUCUUCGAAAGCGUGAAGAAACUCUCACGCUUUGAUGAGUCAGUGAUCGAUUCAAACAGCCCACAAGAUGGAGAGAUGUCAUCAAAUCUUUUGGCCACUUGAAAAUGAAUUCCGGAAAAUUUUCAAAAGAUUGUAUUUUCAUUACGCUGAGCAAUGCACAGAUCUGGAAAAGAAGCUAAAGCAAAAACCAUGAAAAACAAAAAGAGGAAAAACAGGCUCAUAAACAACAACAAAGAUAACCUUUGGAAAGUAUCAUAAUCAACUUGGAUAAGACAUUGCCGUCUUUAGAUAAUUUCGUGCCGGCAUAUGAUAAAUAAUAAAUUUCAUCUUGAGACAGGUCAUUGUAUCUUAGUACGAGACCUGCUUCCUUGGAGAACAAAAGCAGCGUGAAAUCCCAUUUUUUAGCCAGGAUAAAAUUGGUCAAGCUAUAAGUUAUUGUUGCCCUCGUUUUUUCCUUUAAUGACAAUGGCAACCGCUGUAUUUCUUGUCCUCCUCGCGUUUACAUUCGGGGCCCUAUGCCACCAAAGUGUGCAAAAUUAUGGGCUCAAAAGAACCCUUCUACCAUGCCAAAAACAAAACGUUAAAGCGCUUUCCAACCUUGUUGGAAAUGGAAAGCCUAUCCUUGGAAAUGGAAAGUCUAUCCCAGACAAGCUAUCACCUCAAUUUGACUGUACCAGUUCUAUGGCGCAGAAAAGAAUCGCCUACAGCGACAACGAAGUACGUUACGAUUUCACAAAGUCCUGCUACGUUGAAGGGGAUUUACAGUUGGUGGUAAAAGUGAAAAUAAAUCCUGACACAGCCGCCCCCGGUUCAAAGGAAUGUGCAACUCUUCCAGAGUUUCAAGCAGUGUUUCUCCAACAAGAGCCAAACAAAAACACUUAUAUGGCCUUACAUCCAAGAAGGGCCCAUUGGUUUUUCACUAGAAGUCUUGGAGGGUGUGAAAUGUUCGUGGCAAAGGGAUCCACCCGUCAGGAUGUCCUUGUUAUACACUCCAAUUUAGACAAGUGUGAAAACAAACUGGCGAAUCUCCAAGAGAAGGGUGCAUCUGUUGACGAAAUGAUGGGACGCCACCCUGGGUAUCACUUGAUUGCUCGUGUGUACAGUGAACCUUCUGCGGUAGAGAAGCUAGCAGCUGAUGCGUAUAUGAGAGGUUAUGAAAGAGCCCAUCCGGGAAUUUUAACCAUAGCCUACAAC